GAAAAAUGCAUUUCUGCCAGUGACCAGACACGAUCCCUCAUGGCCGCUCCGACCAGCAGCGUCACGAGCAAAUUCCCGACCGAGGCUGCGGGCCUGGGCCUCGCCGAGCCGGCGGAUCCUCUCGCACGGCCGCGCUCCAAGCCCAUCGCUGGCUUCGUCUCGACGGCUGUGCUCUCCUCGUCGGACGGGCUCUUUGGCGACAACGUGGAAGAGACCCGCAUCUCGGACAAGCCCGAGGCAGCGGCCGUUGCCAUCUCGGACGCGCGCCCGCUUUACGAUCGUCUCAAGGAGAUGAAGGACCAGCGCGACGCCGAGUGGAAGGAGAAGAACAACCCGUUCGCGCCACCAAAGGGCCUCGACGAUGAAGAAAUCGAGUUUCUUCGGGCGCUCGAGGACCAGCAAAAAAGCGUAGCAGACGGGCUCAAGCGCCAGCACGACACGGACCUCGCCCAGUUUGUCAUGGCCAAGAAGGAUACGCUGGCGCAAACAAAGAAGGUCGCGGCUGUCGUAUUGCCGACGGCUGAGAAGAAGUUGGCGCCAGUCGUCGUCGUCAAAGCCAAGCCCAAAAAAGCUGCAUCCAAGGGAACCGCAUCGACGCAGCCAAAGAAGAAGCAGAAAACCAUCAAAACGACCAGCACCGGUCUCGGUCUUGUCGCCAACUACUCGGAUGGCGAUAGCAGUAGUGACUCGGACUAGAUCUCAAUCAUUUUUCGACUUGUCUCUUCG